AUGGACGACUACAUAAAAUUCAGAUUCGAUAAAUAUUGGUUCCCUCGGUGUGAUGCGGCCCUUACGCGGAAAUGGCUAGAUAAAGAUUGCAUCCGCACAGAAAAAGAUGUUACCUCGCCAGAUGGUCUGCUUUUUGACCUUGGUUAUCUUGGUUCGGUUGAAGGAGUUUGCAAAUUGCCAUGUGAUGCAGUCCAAAACGAUCCCCUUCCAUGGAGAAAUAUUCACAUUGACCAUCCAUUGAAUGAUAAGAUCACGGACGAUGACCUUCUGAGGAUAAGUAACCGGGCUCAAGGUACUCUUCACAGCCUGAGCCUUGUGGAGUGCAGAAAAAUAACUGCUGCUGGUCUAAGGCGCAUUUUUUUAAGCAAUCCGGGGUUGUCUGAGGUUGUUGCCGUGUUGAAGGGAGAAACAAUGAUAGUGAAUAAAAAAGGCUAUAUUGGACAUUUCGUGGAGAGACGACCAAGGAUUAGAAUCAACUUAAAUUUACCCGCGGAUGAUUCUCAAUCUGAGACCUCUAAUGAAGAUACUGCUGAUGGUUAUGCCUCUGAUUAG